AUGCCUCCUUUUAAAGAUGACCAGAUUAUCAUUAUCUCCCCCGGUUCCGAGACGACGCUCGCGCAAUUAGGUUUACCAGAGUCGUUUACCCCUGCCGCUUUUCGCAUACGGUCGCGCAUGUUCCCAGGCGAGAAGGCAGGAGAAUGGGAACCAAACAAGAUCAGGAAGAAAGGCGGACCUGGUGCGCAUGGUGCAAAUGGGAGCACGAAUGGAGAUACAGAGGUUGUAUAUGAGGAGGACUUCAUGUCAGAGGAGGGUGCAGUGUGGCCUAUUGCUGGAGGGAAGAUCGUCAACUGGUCGUGCUUUUUCGCUCUCAUGACGCAUGUUUACAACACGCUCAACCCACCUUUCCACACACCUAUACUUCUCAUUGCGCAACCGGUAUGGACCAUGAAGGACCAUGAGAAGAUCACACAGUUUUUCUUUGAGCGAUUCAAAAUGCCAGCCUUUGCGCUCAUGGAUUCUGCCGUGGCUACAAUGUAUGCAUAUGGCGUACAAAGUGCGACGGUCAUAGACAUUGGGAAGGGCAAAUGUGAUGUUACAGCUAUCUCGGAAUUCCUCACGCAUGAGGCGGGCCGAACUGUGGCACUAGAGAAUGCAGGAGGAGAGGCUAUGACCAAACGGUUAUUGGAGGUCAUCAAACCAAAGGACAAGCAUUUCAGUAGGGACAUGGCAGAACAGCUGAAGAAGAGUCCAAUUUGCGAGAUCUUGCCCGUCGGAACACAGUUACCAGGGCCUGCUAGUGGAUCAGAAGAAGCUGUGUCAAACCCAGCGGCGGCAGCAUCCACCGGAGCUGCAGGGUCAGGACCUGGACAACGGGACACAGGAACUGCCCUUGGGGCUGUACCGCUAGGGCCAGGCCCCGACACUGUUGUUGGUGAUGAGGCGAAUGGAGAUGAUGAAAGCGAAGGAGUAAUUGACGUGGCCAGCAUCGUUACUGGUGGCAAGAUGCAAGAAUAUCUUGCCAAGAAGGAGAGAGAGAAACUCGAGAAAGAUAAAAACAAGAAGAAGAACGCUGCAGAUGCAGCAGCAGCGAACAUUGCCAAACCAGCGAGGUUGCCAAACUCGAAACGAGAAAAGGGAACGUUCAUGUAUGAGGAUCACAAGCUUCUAGACACGUUGAAAGAGAUGAACUUGAGUAAAGGUGAUCUUGCUGAAAUGAGGGAGAGAUUAGAUGAAGGUCCCAAGUCGAAAGCUGGAACAGCUGAAGAAACGACUAAUGGAGACGCUACGUCGCCUGUAGCAUCCGGACUUGCCAAAGCUGGUUCCAUCAAGCGCGAGAUCGAGGUCGGUACGGAACGAUUCCAAGCUGUUAGCGGAGGCAUCCUUGAAAGUAUAGCCGAUGCCGUUCACAAGACAAUAACUUCGGUGGAAGAAGUUAAUAAACGAAGCGAGCUUUGGGACUCUUUAAUCAUCGUUGGAAACGGAGCAAAGAUCAGAGGUUUCAAAGACGCUCUAAUGUCAUUGUUGCAAGCCAAGUACCUCAUCUCGCCCUCUUCAGCAACCAUAUUCACAUCGGAACUUCCUUCGACCAUAUCAACCCCAGCAGGUACAGGCGCAAAUACUCCACAACCCCAGCUUGGCCCACACGGCGGAUCCGGAGUCAACCCACUACUUCUCGCUGCCACCACUGCUCAGAACCCUCACAUGAUGCACCCCGGGCAAUCAACCCCAGCAUCUAUGCACUCACAUAACAUGCACUCUUCACACGGACAAACUCCAACGAGUAUCAAAAUCGCCAAGGUUCCCGAGUACUUUCCUGAAUGGAAAGAAGUAGGCUACGACGAGUCUACGUUCCUGGGCGCACAAGUUGCGGCGAAGGUACUAUUCGUCGUAGACCAGGGACUUGGAAAAGGAUACAUGACUAGGAACGACUGGAACGAUUCGGGACCGACAGGCAUUCACGACUUUGCUAUUUAG